AUGUCCACUUCUAUUACAGAUUUAAGUUAUUUAAAUUUGUAAUAUAUUAGAUCAUGUAAUUUGGAGUCUGUUUAUUGCUAAUAUAGUAUAUUAAUAAUAGUAUACUUUUGUAUAAAGUAUAUAUAUUAACAUUAAAAUUAUUAGAGAAGGUGUUGAGACUUCAGGAAAAAUAGCUAUAGUAACAGCCACUUCACCUUAUAUUUUAUAAGGGAUUUUAUUAAUAAGAGGUUUAAUGUAAGUAGGUUCAAUAGAUGGAAUUUAUUAUUUAUUUAAACCAGACUUUUUUAAAUUAAUUAAUCCAUCAGUUUGGGUAGAUGCUGCUAAUUUGGUUAUAUUUUAAAAGUCAGUUGGAUAAGCUAUACUUUGUUUAUAUGGAAGUUAUAGAAAAAAAGAGGACAAUUUACCUAAUUUUUCUUUUUCUAUUCCAUUAUUAACAGCAUUAUGUGGAAUGUUAGUUGAUUUGGUCGUAUUCAGCAUUUUUUUAUAUCCAACAAUUUUAGCUUAGAUGCCAAUUCCAAAUUUUUGGUAUAUAUUAUUCUUUUCAGUAUUAUUAUUAUUGGGGAUUGAUACUUAAUUUUGAUUUGUAAAUGGAAUUGCAGGAACAAUUGAAGAUAUUUAUUUAGGAGAAGUAAUAAGUUUUGGAAAUAAAUUAACUGUUUAAUAAGUUAGAUUAUAUGUUUGCAGUAUUUUAGGAAUUAUAGGUUUAAUUUAUUGUACAGAUAUUGGAUUUUAUUUAAUAAGUUUUGUUGAUACUUAUGGAACUAAUCUUUCAUUUAUGUUAGGAGUGUUAUUUGAAGUAUUUUAUUUUGGAUCAAAGGAGAGAUUUGAAUAAUUUAAGAGAGAUUUAGAGAAAGAUGGUAAUCAUGUACCUUGGUUAGUUGAAUUUUCACUAACAAAAUUAUGUCAUUAUACUGUUGUUGUAUUACUAAUAAUAUCAAUUAUCUCUUAAAUAAAAAGUUCUCUUAUUAUUCAAUUUAUGUUGUUCUGAUUGGAUGGAUUAUCUCUUUCUCACCAUUUAUUGCUGCCAUUAAAAUUUACAUAGAGUAAUAUUUUUAACUUAAUAUAAAAGAAAUCGUAAUAUGAUUGA